AUGUGUGUUCCUAAUUACUCUCAAGGAAACAGAGUCUUACCUUCAACACUCGCCCCUAAACCAAACACUGCCUCUGCACCAAAAGGUGAAGGCUCCAAGGAAUCUGAGCAAAAGGUCUCUGUCAAAAUUCUGCUUCAUCAUAGUGGAGAUCUUGCUGCAAAGUUCGUCUAUAACCAGGCGGUGGUGGAUGCUGUGCGUAAAAUCCCUAAGGCUAUUUGGAAUGCUAAAGAAAGGUUAUGGGUGUUUCCUCAAUCUUCAUUGUCAUCAGCAGAAAAAAUUCUACAAGACGUUUCCGGCGUUAAAGUUGAGAUAGAGAACUUAGAUCCUCUCGUGCAACGAGCAAUAGCUGCUGCUUCAAGUGUUCCAGAUCUACGGCGUAAGUCAGGCAUCCGGUUUAUUCUGCAGCACGGAGGGCGUGCAAUUGCCGUGACCACAUGCGUUCGUGAAUCUUGGCCAGUUCUGAUUAUUGCACCAUCUUCGUUACGUUUACAUUGGGCAACGAUGAUUCACCAAUGGCUGCAUGUUCCUCCGUCAGACAUAGUUGGCACAAUCCAUCUUGAUGGUGUCUUCAACAUUAUCUCGUAUGACAUGGUCACCAAACUGGACAAACUCUUAAUGGCGUUGGACUUUAAGGUUGUUAUAGCAGACGAAUCACACUUUCUUAAAAGCGCUCAAGCAAAGAGGACAACUGCUUCCCUUCCAGUCAUUAAGAAAGCUCAAUAUGCAAUCCUGCUGAGUGGAACUCCUGCUCUAUCUAGACCAAUAGAGCUAUUCAAACAGCUGGAAGCUCUAUACCCAGAUGUUUAUAGGAAUGUUCAUGAAUACGGUAACAGAUACUGCAAAGGCGGAUUUUUCGGAACAUAUCAAGGCGCAAGCAAUCAUGAUGAGUUGCACAAUUUGAUGAAGGCAACAGUAAUGAUUCGAAGACUUAAAAAGGAUGUCUUGUCUGAACUUCCGUCAAAGCGAAGACAGCAGGUCUUCCUAGAUCUAGCGGAGAAGGACUUGAGGCAAAUCAAUGCUUUGUUUCAUGAGUUGAAAGUGGUAAAGGCCAAAAUAAAGGAUUGCACAUCGGAAGAAGACAUUAAAUCUCUUAAAUUUACAGAGAAACAGCUUAUCAACAAGAUCUACACCGAUUCCGCUGAAGCCAAAAUCCCAGCAGUGCUUGAUUAUCUGGGAACCGUGCUUGAGGCUGGCUGCAAAUUUCUAGUAUUUGCACAUCAUCAGUCCAUGCUUGAGGCAUUACACCAGUUUCUUAAAAAAAAGAAAGUGGGCUGCAUCCGGAUUGAUGGAAACACACCUGCCUCCUCUAGACAAGCUUUGGUUUCUGACUUUCAGGGGAAUGAUGAGAUAAAAGCAGCAGUGCUGUCAAUACGAGCUGCUGGUGUUGGGAUAACUUUGACAGCAGCGAGCACUGUUAUCUUUGCGGAGUUGGCAUGGACUCCGGGUGACCUGAUACAGGCAGAAGAUCGUGCACAUAGGAUCGGUCAAGUCUCUUCAGUUAACAUUCACUACCUUCUAGCAAAUGACACUGUUGACGACAUCAUCUGGGAUGUUGUUCAGAGCAAGCUGGAGAAUCUAGGACAGACUAAAACUUGUGAGCUAUCUGCAACACAGAUGCUUGAUGGGCAAGAGAAUGCUUUGGAGGUUUCGUCUAGUCAUGUGAUGAGCAGCCCAACGAAACCAAGAAACAGCCCCUCUAAGCAGCAAACUCUACACCCGUUCUUGAAGCGCUGCAACCGAUUAGAUGACGACGCCGAAGAACAUCCUUCCAGGCCCAAAGUUCCCAGAAACUGA